UUCAUUGGAAAAUGUUCACCAGUCAACUGAGAGUAAAUCACUUGUUGGGCUUAGUGUCAAUUGUGAACAGGAUGCUUACAAACUUUACAAUGAUCAUGCUUUUGAAAAUGGAUUUGGUAUUCGUAGAUGCAGACAGAGGUUUAGGAGUGGGAAUGUAAGUUUGACUAUGAAGUGUUAUUGUUGUUGGAAAGAAGGGAAGAAACUACAAAAGGGCACCGAAAACAAAAUGUAUACCAAGUUAGAUUAUCGUACUGGUUGUAAAGUGAUGUUACAGUUUUCUAUUAGUUGUGAUGGUGAAUGGACUGUCUCAAAGCAUAUUAUUGAUCACAACCAUGCUUUCUGUGCAAUUGGUCAAAGACACCUGCUGAAAUCACAUAGAGGCGUUGAUCGUGAGUAUCUUGAAUUUAUUAUGUUGAUGAAGGAGAGUGGAACAAAGGUUUCAGAUGUUCACAGGAUGCUUCAAAAACAGGCUGGUGGUGUUAGUGCUCUUGGAUUCACGAAACGUGAUGCUUAUAACGUUCUAAAAUCUGAAAGAAGUAAAACGUUUGAUGGUACUGAUUCGAACACUUUGAUUGGUAUAUUUAAGAAAAGGGCUGAAGUGGAAUGUGAUUUUUUCUUUGAUUUUGAGUUGGUUGAUGGUAUACUGACUUGUUUUUUCUGGAGAGAUGGUCAAAUGAGAUCUGAUUAUGAGAGGUUUGGAGAUCUUGUUGUGCAUGAUAAAACUUACAGGACUAACAAGUAUGAUAUGAUCUGUGGUCCAUUUAUUGGUAUGAAUCACCACUGUAAAAAUAUAAUGUUUGGUUGUGGCUUUAUUCUAAAUGAAAGGGUGGAGUCUUUUGUUUGGUUAUUUCAGACUUUUCUGAAAUCUAUGGGUGGUAAACACCCCAUCAGUUUCAUGACAGACCAGUCAUUUUCCAUGGCAACGGCUAUCAAAUCUGUAUUUCCUGGGGCGAGACAUAGACUCUGCACUUGGCAUAUAGAUGAGAAUUCAAAGAAACACAUCAUGCAUCUACGCAAGAAGAUAAAUUUUGUUUCUCUUUUUGAUUAUGUUGUCAAACGAUGUGAUACUGUUGCAGAGUUUGAUUUCUAUUGGAAUGAGUAAGUUAUUGUUAUCUGAUGUAACUUCGUGAUUAUUUUAUGUAACUUUUUCAAUCAUUUGGUGUAACAUAUAUAUCUUCAUAUGUAAUCUUGUCUUCUUUUCAAAUCUGUUUUAGAUUGAAUACAGUUUAUGAAUGCAGUGACAACACAUGGUUGAAGAGGCUGUACAGUCAUAAAGAAAAGUGGUGUCCUGCUUUUUCGAAGGAUUACUUCUCUGGUGGUGUUUUAUCCUCUCAAAGAAGUGAAUCUACAAAUAGAUCUAUAUCUAGAAGACUUACCAAGACUGCAACAUUAUGUGAUUUUUACAAAAUGUUUUGUGAUGUUGUUGAUGAAUGGAGGUUAGAUGAGAAUGGUCAUGAUUUUAGAUGUUCUGAAGGCACCGUUGAGAUGGUAUUGCUACAAGACACUUUGUUGACUCAUGCGAGAGAUGUGUAUACCCUUGAGAUUUUCAAAGUGUUCCAAGAACAAUAUUUGAAGGGUAUGUCACAUUUUUUUAAAUUAAUCUCACAGAAUUGUCAUGACUAUGUGUAUCAUGUUUGGUUGAAUGGGGUAGAUAUGAUUAGACACAGUGUUACUUUUAAUCGGCAUGACAACACAGUGACAUGCACUUGUAAGAUGUUUUCUGAAGUUGGCAUUUUUUGUAGACACAUUUUGCGUAUAUAUAAUGUGCAUUGUGUCAAAUGUAUUCCCCAAGUUUAUAUACUCUCUAGAUGGACAAAGGCUGCCAUUCUGCCAAAUGUUAAUCUUUCUGUUACGCACGGAACCGAUAUUAUGUCUGGCAAAAUAUUGGAAGAUUCUGUUUGGAGAGUGCAAAUGACUAGGAAAUUCAACUCAGUAUUGAGUGCAAGUGCUGCUUUUCCUGAAGCUAGACGAGUAUGUGAUCAAGGAUACGAGUCUAUUAAACAUUUUUUAGAUGCACAAAGAGAUGCUUCUGUUGUGGAUGAAUCUGCUUCUAGGACAAUAUUGGAUCCUCCACGGUCUCGUUCUAAAGGUCAGCGAAAUACCCGAAAGAGAAGUAUUGUUGAGAAACAGUGCAAAAUAGUCAAAGCUCGCCGUUCAAAAUCCCAAAAUGUUGCCUCCAAUUCAAAAGCAGUUGUUCAAUCUGUUGUACAGGUAUUUGUUUAUUUUUUUAUGUAUUUUAUGCAUAUUUUCUUAUCAUUAAUUUUUGUUUUGUUUGAUUGUAGGACACUGUUAAUUUCAUGGUUCCACAAGGUUAUGUACUUGCUCAUCCAAUUGGAGGAAUGACGUCUUUAAUGCAUGUGUCUGGAUCUCCACAAGUUUUUGCUCCAUACUUCAUGCAAUCCAAUGCUUUGAACCAAAUGCAGAAUUAGUUAUAGUCACACAUGUUUGGAAAACCAAAUGCUUUGAGGAGUUUACAUAUCAUAUUGUGAACUUUUACUUUUGUUGCACCUUGAGUUACAUUUGAUUUUAUAGAAUUUAUAUUGUCUUUACAGUUUGUUUACAUGUCAUACAGCAUUGCCAUAAAUACAAUACGCAAUCAAGUUUGUUUACAUUUAUUUAUAUUACAGAAUGUAAUCUGUGCAGUCACAGCUCAGUAACAGUAGUUACAUUGUUUUUCCCUUCAGUUACAUAGUUCUUUAACGUGACUUACAUUUGUUGUACUCGUUGUUUACAUCAGAUGUGUAUUACUUGAUUAGCUAAUGCAAGUGUACAUAAGUUAUAUAAAGUGAGAAGAACGCUUUAGGUGAGAAGUGAGAAUGAAUCUCAGCCGUUGGAUUCGACAUAAAACAUAUAAAACAAACUAGUUUACAUCAACUUAUCAUAAUCCAACAUAUAAGUUUUCCACAUAUUAAACAGAUAACUUUUGAGGUGCAUUACAAGCUACUGCAUAAAACCAAGAAAUGUCUAAAACCCAUACCACUGCAUUACAAGCUACUGCAUACAAACAGAUAACUACAGCAUAACGCAUACCACCACACCCUCCAUAAAACCAUGAAAUGUUUUGACUGUAACCCCAUCAUAUUAAUUAAUUACAUCUUCAAGUAGUCUUUUGCUUUUUUCAAUAUGUUUUCCCUUUCUUUGUUAAAUUUUGACAGUAAAACUUGAGCUGCAUACAUCACUCUCAUCUUUUGGAUUGUUUCAUUUUGAGCUUUUAUUCCAUCAUUUGUGGCAGCAGUUGCAAAUCCAGAAUCCCAUACAUGUCCUUGCCCACGAAACGUCUCCAAG